AUGGACAUAUUGCAAGUUUUGGGUCAUUUUCUUAGUAACACCGAGCAACCACCUAAGGGUCAAGUUAAUGUUGUAACUUUGAUGAAUGGUAGAAAGCUAGAAGACCUUCCACCGAAGGUAGUUCAAAAGAAAGUAAUUGUAGUAGAGGAAGAGAUGGUUGAAGCUGAGAAGAUGAUAAAAAAAGAGAAAAUUGAAGAGAAGAAGGAGCCCAUUGUCAUUAAACCUUACAAGCCACCUAUCAACAUCCCAUUCUUGGAUGCAAUCUCAGAGAUGCCCUCCUAUGCUAAAUUUCUGAAGGACAUGCUCUCUAACAAGAGGAAAAUCAAAGAGAAUGCAAUGGUCUUACUGACAGCUAAAUACCGUGCUAUAUUGCAAAACAAGCUUCCAAAGAAGCUAGGAGAUCCAGGGAGCUAUUCCAUUCUAGUCAAGCUAGGUGACAUCGAAAUAAAUAAGGCUUUAUGUGAUCUAGGGGAAAGUGAUGUGCCACUUAGAGUUGGAAAAUUCUUCAUCCCUUGUGAUUUUAUGGUUAUGGAGAUGGAAGAAGAUGCGCAAGUCCCUAUCAUUCUAAAGAGAUCCUUCUUGGCCACUGCUAGGGCCACUAUUGAUAUGAAGAAUGGGAAAAUCACCUUUGAAGUGGGUGAUGAGAAGGUGGAAUAUUGA